CCCCAAGCUUUCUGUCCAAGAUGGGUGCUUAUCAUGGAAAGUCUCACAAGAACGUCACAACAGAGCCAAUCAGUGUAGCCUCAGCCUCAGACCCAGCUCCUCCUGUAUUUGGAUCUCCUAUUGACCAAAACUACUUGGCCAGCAUAGCCAAUAAAGUUGGUGUUGGUGUCAAUCUAAUAUCAGAGAUAGCGACAGAGGACAUAAGAGAAGAGUCCCCACAGACUACUGGAGAGAUUAUUGGCUCUUCUGUAGACAAACCCCCAGAGCCAACACCAGCUCCUCCUAUCACUGAAGAGGAGGAGGAGGAGGUACCGGCCAUUGAACCAAUACCUAAGGCAAGGAAACAAGAGAAACUGAUACCGAUAGUCUUUCACUGGGACCUCAAAGGUAACGAGAGCAGUGUCUACGUCUGUGGGUCCUUCAACAACUGGGAGAAGAUACCAAUGAAUAAGAGUCGAGAUAAUUUCACUGCCAUUGUUGAGCUACCCGAGGGAAGACACCAGUACAAGUUUUAUGUUAAUGGAGAAUGGAUACAUGAUCCUGGAGAGGAGUGUCAGGAUAAUGGCCUUGGAACACUCAACAAUGUUGUUACUGUCACUGAAAACGACUUUGACGUCUUUAAUCAAAUGAUAGAUGUCUCCUCCUUCCAAAAAGGAGGGAGUAUAUCACCAGCUGGUAGUUAUGACCAGAUCAUUCCUCCUCGUUCAGCGACCAGUGGCCUCCCUCCUCACUUGCCCUCUCUACUCCAACAAACUGUAUUAAACCAAGACCUUCCUUCUGAGGAGAAUCCAACAUUACUGCCUGAACCAAAUCACGUCACUCUAAAUCAUCUCUUUGCACUAUCAAUUAAAGAUGGUGUACUAGUGAUGGGGACCACUAACAGAUAUAAAGAGAAAUACAUUACAACGUUAAUGUACAAGCCAGUUCAAUGACUAACAAUGUAUUAGCAGUAUAAAAUAACCGUUGAUAUUAUCAUGUAUACAUUAUUAAUAGAAAAAUAAUUAUGGUAAAGAACAAAAAUUAGGGUUAAAAAAUCAA